CUCGCGCGCACUCCCGAUACGCCUUAAGAUCUUGCUCGAUCAGUUGUUCAACCAGUUGCCCCACGCGCAAGUGACACGUCUACUAGCCGCCUUUGGCUGGACCUACGAGGAUUAUACGCGAGGAUACAUACUGCAGCAACUCUUUUGAAUGAGUUCAACACGUGCGAGAAGUUUGACAUUUCAUCCGUCGGUGCGCAACCUCGUGGAUUGGUGGGAGGAUAAAAUUAACGAAUGGAAGUAACAAGAAAAAGCAAGACUAGGAUAGACAUUGACGACUUCACGGCUUACCGUCGAAUUUGAAUUACUGCCAGCUAACUCCGUCAUUCGUGCGUCACAUCAGAGAAACGAAUGUGUCUCGAAUACGUCGGAUACAUCAGGAGAAUUGGAUCUAUCAGUGAUACGAUAGUGCCGAAGACAAGAUUUUCAUGAGAACUGAAAAAGAAGCAGUGUAUAAGCAUCAAAAUGAGAGGGGAAAAAAGUGCGUCUUCGAUGAAAAGUGACUUGGUGGAUGGCUCGUUCGUUCGAAUUGAAAUGAGAAUCAUAAUAUAAAAAGUUAAAAGUGAAUUGUUUCCUUGGCAAUAUGUAAAUUCGAAGGAGGAACUCCGUCGGGUUCGUUUGCGUCAACGUGUCAUUCGCAAAGACAAACGACUAGAGAGGCAGAGUAAGAGAAAUCAAAGGAAGAAAAAAAAAGAAAGAGAGAGAGAGAGAGAGAGAGAGAGAGAGAGAACAAAAAAAACAAUCUCAGAUAGAAGUUCAUUUUGAUUGAUAUGCACCAAUCGAUUAAUAUCAACUUCGUGUCAGUAUAUAUGAAAGAAAGUGAGAAGAAAAUCGUCCUAUUAGAAGUGUUCCAGUUUGAUCAGUGACAUCAAGUGUGCCGAAGCGUCGCGGAGAAAAUUUCGUUGACUUUGUUCGUUGUCCAUGAAGAAUAGUGUCGAAUGAAGAAGGAAAAGGGAAGGAAAGUAAAGCGGAAGUCGUCGAAAAGAAGAAAGAAACGGAAUGGAUUCGCAGAACGGCCCGGUGCUGGACCGAUGGAGUAUCUGCUCGGCUGAGGAGGAACCGCUGGUGUUGCAGCAGUUCCUCAGGUUCGCCGAGACGCGUCCGUUCGUGCAGCAGCUGCUGCUGGCCGCCGGAACGCCGGGGACGGAUGCUAUGUCACCAAGCAGACGACCUUCGCCGCCGACGAUGCCACUAGCACACUUGCCACCGCCCUUGCACCUGCUCCACUGCGGCCUCCCACCGCCGGGUUCGAGGUUGCCACCACCGUUACCGCCGCCUCAUCCUCCACCCCCGGUUUCGCACCCCUCAAUUUCGCCUACUACGCAGAAGCAUUAUUCGUCAGCCACGACCGGUGGUAAUCCAGGAAUAACGAGUAAUCGGGGGAACUCGCCACCGAGAACUCUAGAUUCACAUAUGAACGUGUCACCACUUAACAGACUGCAAAGCAUGCAACCCUUCGAUUUUCGUAAAUUGGGUACAUUAGGCUUGCCAGCGUUUACACCAUUACCACCUGUACCACCUACCGAGCAACUUCUGCAGAGUCGAAAGUCCAUGAGAAAUCCUCAAAGUCCUCAUAGUCCGCCCCAUCAUUCGUCCAGUUCGCAAUUACAGAGGCCUCAUGUGCCAGUGGCACCGGUUUCUUCGUCUGCGCUUAACUUUGGUCAUCCACUCUCCGUCGCUGUUUCCUCGGGAGCCUUACCACCUACCUUUCCCAGUCAUUUCCCACCGCCACCACCGAUGGUUAAAUCGACGGGUUCCAUUGCCGGCCUGACAGCACCUACGGACGUACACAGUGGCGGUGAAAAGAGUAGCGAGUUUGGCUCGGAAGAGGAUGAGGAUGACGACGAAAACUCCGAUAGUGCAUUGAACCUCAGCAGGCGUGACGCCGCAUCGAAACACGUGGCAGCCGAACAUAGACAUCCUCCACCUUUGCCGCUUCAACCUGCGCCUUUAGGAAGGCCACCUGGUAUACCCGGUAGAAAGCCUCAUUCGCCUGGAAAAAGACCAACGGGACAAUGGGGUGCUUCUGCCAAUAUGCCACCCAAUCUAGGCACGCCCUUCAUCAAUCCAACCACUGGUAAGAAGAGAGUUCAGUGCAACGUUUGCCUGAAAACAUUUUGCGACAAGGGUGCCCUCAAGAUCCAUUUCAGUGCGGUACAUCUCCGAGAGAUGCAUCAGUGCACCGUCAAGGGUUGCAGCAUGAUGUUCAGUUCGAGGAGAUCAAGAAAUCGGCACAGUGCCAAUCCAAAUCCGAAACUCCAUUCGCCACAUCUCCGAAGGAAGAUUUCACCACACGAUGGUCGCUCCUCAAUGGCUCAUGCGUUAGUUCUACCACCUCAGGUUGGUCUUCCCGUGCCAGCAACAGGACUCAAUCAUUUGCCCUUUGGUUCGUUUCCUCUGUUAACUCCACCAUCCGAACUGCGUUCACCUGCCUCUCUCUGUGCCUUGGACUUCAAGCAUCUCGACCUGUCUUCAACGCAGAGCCAAGGUAGACCUUAUGAGGAAGCUCUUCAACAGAGAAUGCCAGUGAGCACGGGCUUACCUACUAGCACGGUUUCCACAACAGUGUCUAUGACGACGAGUAGUGGAGCGUCUACCGUUGCCGCGUCGAUGACCACUACUACAACGACGACUAGAGGUGGAUCGUUUUCAGGUGGUGCGACUAGUUGCACGGUGUCACCAUCGACAUCGAUGAUACCUGAGAAUGAAGAAGACGAUGACGAAGACGACGGUGGCAUUGUUGUAGUUGCCGAAGAUGAAACGAACGAUGUACCUUCCAGAUUGCAUUCUCGUAUGGCUCACGGCGAUGAAGACGACGAACAACCGGCUGACUUCAGUUUAGCCAAACGUCCGAAACUCUACUUCACCGAUAUGGCUGACGAAGAGAACAUCAGUAAUAUCGAUAGCAAUGAGGACGAUUCCGUUGGUGGCACCGAUCAGCAUUCCUUUAGUGUUGGUCAACACACCCUCAACUCGAAUACCCUUCUCCACAGCAGGGGAGUACGUAAAAGGAAAUCCCAGCAUCCAACGAGAUGCGCCGUUUUAUCGGAAGUGCAUUCUUCGUCAACGGAUGGUGACUCUUCAAACGACGAGGAACGGGUUCAGCGACGUUGUCAAUCGGAUGGUGGAAUCGUCCGAGCGAUAGACGAUUUUCAGAAUCAACCGGAGGACAUGUCGAUGUCACGACUCGAAGCAGAAGAACGUAAGAUCUCGCCAGCCUCGCCGAAGAAUCCAGACACGAAGUGCCGUAACUCACCGGAGACGACUUCAAUCAGUGAACGAGAAACAACGACGACGUUGGAGAGUGUCCGUAGAGAAACAGCAAAAGAGAAGGUCGACGAUCUACCUCAGGACGAACCGAGGGACCUCAGUUCGAGGGCGAGCAGUGUUAAAUCGCCAAAAUGUCAGAUCAGUCCAGAACCAAAAAGUUUGCAUGAACCAAGCGUGGAGGGUAACUCGACUACUGCAGUCUGUGAUUCGGCAUCUGAGUCUCAAGAACGGGCGAGACGAAACAAAAUAGGAGAACAAGAAAUGCAGGUCGGUAAGAGCGAAGAUAAAAUUGUGGUUUCGAGAAACGAGUUGGAGACGACAGAGGACAAGAUCAUCCGACAAAACUCAGACGAUGUUAGGAGGCGAGAUGAAGAGGAACAGGAGGAGGAGGUGGAGGAUGAGGAGAACGAGAAGACGCAGGACGAGGAAGAUGAGCCAAUGGAGGAGGUCGAGGAUGAUGAUGAUGAUGAUGAGGUGGACGAAGCGCUGCGCAAUCAGGAAGGUGAGCGUCCCGAUGAUCCCCCCCGUGCCCCGAGCUCGGUCGAGAGCCGUCCAACGACAGCCGACGAGCUCUCCCACGACUCCUCGACCAACACUUUGCGUCAACUCGAGUCCUUGUCGCAGGGUCGCACGAUGAUGCCGUACACCGAGACGCAACGGGUGGCUUCGAGGUCUGGCCGCGGCUCUACCAGCCCCGUCAGCCUCACGACGCACCAGGAGACCACCAUGGACAACUCCUCACAUGGCUCUCGUUCAUCCAGCGCUUCACCCUCCACAGCGGCCAUGGAUAUGGACAAUAGCCUGAUAACCUACGCGAGAUACGAGAAUGGUGGCUUCGUCAGUACCCAGGAGGUUCCGCUUGAUCGUGAGAAUCCACGGCGUUGCACGGCCUGUGGCAAGGUCUUUCAGAAUCACUUUGGUGUGAAAACUCAUUACCAGAACGUCCAUCUCAAGCUGAUGCACCGUUGCAGCGUUGACGGUUGCAACGCGGCCUUUCCCUCGAAGAGGUCCCGUGAUCGUCACUCUGCCAAUCUCAAUCUCCAUCGGAAGUUACUCUCGACCUCCUCGAGUCCGCCCCUUUCAUCAGGUAGCCUGCCAUCCAGUUUGUCGCCGCGUGUCGAGGAUGCUCCGAUGAAUCCUCUUCUGCACAACGAGUUCCUUGCGAGACUCUACGCUGACGCGGGUAUCGGUACUGCUGGGAUCGGAGCCGCCGCAGCCAUUGGUACGGGCAUCGGUCCACUCGGUGCUUAUCCCCUGACACCUAGACUUCCACCAUCUGCGGUAGAUCUAGCUGCUAGGAUACCACCGCCGCAUCCGUUGCUUCUUCCACCUCAUCUGGGCGCCACAUUUCCAGGCCUGUCCUCUUUUGCCUCACACUUGGCUGGGCUGAAUGGUUUGACUCAUCAACACUUGAACCACCUGACGAGACUCUCUCAGGAACAAGCAACCAGACAACCCUCUCGCUCGGCCUCACCGUUAUCAUCUCCUGGCUCGGAUGAUAGGAAAGAGGAAGCCAGAUGUACCGUACCAGGCUGCGAUCGCGUCUUUGGCUCGAGAGCUGUCAGAGACGCACACUCGAGGGAUCCCCAGGCUCAUCGAGAUCUGUCGAUUCUCUCUACUAGCGGCUCGUGACCGUUCUUCUGCCGCGAACGCGACUAUUAUCCCUUACUGUGAUGCCAAAAUCCUAAACGACGAUUCCGAUCGAUCGCCGAUCAUGUUGAUCUCCCAGGGUAUCCAGGAUCCACCCGUUCUAUCGUCUCGCGCUAAUCCACGUGCAAUAUAAUCGAAGGACAACGCCUAAAAAAAUAUCGCUGAUCAUUCGUUACAUUCACUUCUACUUUUAUUCUACUUGCGUUCGUCAAUUUUCUUCUUCAAAUCGGCUACGAUCUCAAACAAUCGACGUGCUUCGAACGCUCCAAUCUAGUCAACUUGGUAUCUCUAUCGGUGGGUCCAGAAGUCGAUAAGAAUUCUCGCACAAAGAGAACCAACCUGUCCGAUUCCUGAAAUUUCGUGUUUCUCUUCGCUUGGAGUUCUAGCACGAUUACCGAAGCAUAUCUGUGAGGCGCAGUGAUAUUUUUGAGGGCGCUUUGUCUUCUUCCCAGCUGCGCGAGUACUUUCAGCUCAUAAACUAUGAUUUCUUUCUUUCUUUCCAUCACUUCUUCUUUCUCUGUUUCUCCAUUUGCAAGAAUUUAUUUGUUUUUUUUUAGACCAUCAAAGUUACGAACGGAAAAAUAGAAAUAUGAAAAAAAAAGAGAAAGGGAAAAAGAGAGAAGGAAAGAGAGAGAGAAAGAAAGAGAAAAGAGAGAAAAAUAGGAUCAACAAUACCAUUUGAAAGGAGAACACGAGACGAGAGGGGUGGAUCGAGAGUACCGACUCGGUGUGUUCGAGAAAAAGGCGUUCGCGUUAAUCGAUCCCCAGAUCGAUACGCGAUCUAAUUUUAUCAUCGUUGUGAUAACGUAACGUUAGCGAAUACGUCACUAUUUAAUCAAUAAUCAAUUAGCACUGCUGUAUAUAUAAACAUAGUACCUUUCGGUGUAUCGCGUAAUUAUCGAUUAAGCUACGAGGGAAGCGCGACCGAUCGACGGACGUUUUUACCCGAAUCGGGGAUAAACAGACCGUGAGAAGAGAAGACUUUUGUAAACGGUUCGAAUAAACGAUAGGAAUGAGGACUUUAAAUUAGCGAAUAAAAAAUCGGAGCGAUAUCAAACGAUAUGUUGGCAGCUA